CAGUUGAGUGCCAGAGAACGCUUGUCGGUUUGUUGACACGCAGUUAUCGAUAUUUUUUGCUGCAAGCGGCAGGUUUUUUGUUUAUUCGAAGAAUGCGCCGAAAUGUUUUAUUAUUCAUACUUGCAUUAACCCUAAGUCAAGCGAAUAUUUGCUUAACUGAAGAGCAAUGUAGCACGUCAUCACAUGCGACUUGCACGGGAACCGAGGGCAGCGACCCAACUCUAUUGGAAAGUGACGUUAAGAUAUCACGUCGCAUAGAGCAGGCAUUGGCCAACUAUGCGGCAUGUAGCAGCGAUGCCACGGACGCCAACUGCACUUGCCAUAUUGGAGUACUCAAACGUGAUCUGGCGCCCUACAAAUCAACAGGUUUCACUCGACAAAUGCUUAAGGAUGCAGCAAAAUAUGGCACUCGCUAUAAGAUCUAUGAAAAGCAACUUUAUCGCGACGCUAGCUGCAUGUUUCCCACCCGUUGCCAGGGCAUUGAGCACUUCCUGCUGUCGCUGCUCCCUCAGCUGCCCAACAUGGACCUGGUGAUCAACACACGUGACUAUCCACAGCUGCAUAAGAGCUGGACUCGCGAAGGUCCUGUGCUCUCCUUCUCGAAAACCAGCGAAUAUCGCGAUAUUAUGUAUCCUGCGUGGACGUUUUGGGCGGGUGGUCCUGCCACCAAAUUACAUCCCACUGGGAUUGGGCGCUGGGACUUGAUGCGUGAGAAGCUGGAGCGGCAUGCUGCAAAAAUAACUUGGCAAGAGAAGCGGCAAGUCGGUUUCUUUCGCGGUUCUCGCACUUCCGACGAACGUGAUACAUUGAUUUUGCUGUCACGGCGAAAGCCAGAGCUUGUUGAGGCGCAAUACACAAAAAACCAGGCCUGGAAGUCACCCAAGGACACGUUGGAUGCGCCACCCGCAGAUGAAGUGUCCUUUGAGGAUCACUGCAAAUACAAAUACUUGUUCAAUUUUCGAGGCGUCGCCGCCAGCUUUCGCCUAAAGCAUCUGUUCAUGUGCCAAUCGCUUGUCUUUCAUGUGGGUGACGAGUGGCAGGAGUUUUUCUAUGAUCAAUUAAAGCCCUGGGUGCAUUACGUACCGCUGCCAAGUUAUCCUAGCCAACAGCAGUACGAAGAAUUACUGAGCUAUUUUAAAAGGCACGAUGAUGUGGCCCAGCAAAUUGCUCAGCGUGGACACGAUUUCAUCGUGCAGCAUCUGCGCAUGGAAGAUGUCGAAUGUUAUUGGCGGAAGAUGCUCAAACGGUACAAGAAGCUGCUAAAAUACGAGGUGCAGCCAGAUGAUGAACUGAUUCGCAUUGGGGGUCGCAAGGACGAACUUUAGAUGCAAAUUAAUCUCAAACUAUGUAAGCAUUCCAUUGCAAUUUCCAUUAAUUUCAUUGUCACUUCAAUAAGUAUUAAAAAUGCCUUAUUUUAUGCAA